CUUCUCCUCCAAAACCUUCUCUUUGGCUACCAUCUCUCUCCCUCUCUCUCUCUCUCCUCCGCCCAUUCCUUCGCGAUCUCACUCUCGCUCUUCUCCAUCGGUCUCCGCCGCCCGAUCUCGCCGCCGCGCGCGCGAUGCCGUCGGAUGGCGAGGCCUCACCGUCGCCUCUGGAUCUGGCGCCGCCGCCGGCCACCGCUGAGUCGUCACCGUCGUCGUCAGAGCGGCUUCGGCCGGAUCCGUCGCCGAGGAGGACUCGCUUGCCCCGUGCUUGCACUUCUCGUCCCUCUCCUCGUCUCCUCUCGCCCCCUGAUCCUCGCCCCUCGCCCGCCGACCUGAAGGAGCGAGAGGAGCGGAGGAGGAACGCUCGGAUUAUCACCACUUUAGGCCCGCCACCGCCUUCCUCUCCCUCGCUGCUCCCCCGCUGGGGCCUUCGCUCCAUGUGGGAACUCGCGUCUCUUCUCAACUUCCUUCAUGUUUUUCGGCCGAUGUUGAACAUUGCGGCGGAGUUCUCAGCCGAGGAGCUCGAGACGGCGUUGAUCACUCCCAAUAAUACGCUUGAAGAGAUUCAUAUACCUCUGUUAAAGGCAAUCCCCCCUGUUAUCCGCAUGGCAUUAGGGCAUGCUACCUGGAUCACUGUACUUUGCAGGAAAUUGAAAUAUUGGUGGCAUUGGGUUGCAGAAGGGGAGCCACCAAUAAUUGCGUCCCAUGGAACAGAGAUUGAAACAUACAAGACUCUUGAUCCGGGGACACGGAUGCUAAUCCUGAAAGCAUUGUGUGACAUCCGUGUUGAGCAAGAAGACAUUCGGACUUAUAUUGAGAGUUCCUUGAAACAAGGCAUUCAACUAACAGCAUUUCGCAGAGAAAGAAUAGGAGGUGAUUCACAUGGGAUAUCAUACUGGUACGAAGAUGAUCCUAUUAUUGGUCAUCGGUUGUAUCGGGAGAUCAGGCAAGUGGAAGUUACAAAGUUUAAGUCAAAGGGUCCUUCCCGUCCUGUUGUAUCUUACCAAUGGGAAACAGUGGCAACCAACUUUGAUGAAUUUCAAGAAGUUUCAGAUAAGCUCUUCUUGAGUAAAAACAAGACUGAAGCUGUCCUUGGAAAGAAGUUAAAGAUUCGCAUUCUACCAGAGAUCGAGAAAAUUCACAAGAAGAAAGAGAGAUUGUUGAAAAAACAACACAGACAAGCUCUUCUUCUUGAUAGCUUUUUGACUACCGAAGGACAUACAUCAGGUCGUGCACUCCGUGACAGAAAACCAGUUACAUAUACUUUUGAUGAUUAUGACCGGUCCAUUAGUGAGGCGAUAAAGAUCACAAAACAACCCUCUCCUGAGCAAAUCACCAGAAGAGAAGCUGUGGCUAAAACUAAUGCAUCCACAAAUGGGAAGUGGAGUGAAUCUCCACGUAUUUCACAACAACUAGAAAACAAGUCCCAGUUUCCAAAGUCGGAGAAUUGGGAAGAGAUUGAUGCAGGACACCUGUCUGAACCUCUUGAUCGCAGGCGGAGGAAGAGGCCUCAACGAUAUUCGGAGAAGGAGUUCGUUGAAGCUGUUCCAGAUGAGUUAGACUUUGACAGUGAUGAUGACAUAGUUGGAGAAGCAGUUUAUGAUGAGGAAUACCUUAGAAGCCGAAAGCAGAGAAAAGUUGCAAGCAGCUCUGAUGGGGAUGAGGAAUACCGCUGGGAGGAUGAAAACGCGCAGGAUGAGGAAGAAGAUGAUGGUGAUGAUAACUUCAGCGAUGGUGAAGACCAAGUUGAGCACCGCCAAUCCGGGAAAUUUCUCCAUCGUAGUAGGCGGGAAACGAAAAUGAGAUCUGUUGGUGAACUACAAUCAGGUCUUAGACGCAGCAAAAGGUCCACUAGACAGCGUGUAAAUUACAGACAGUAUGCAGUGUCUGACACUGAAGAAGGCUAUACCAAACGGUUCAAACCUCCCAAAUUGAAGGUCUCUGAUGUGAAUUGGGAUCCUAGUGAUGAGCUUGAAAUGCCAGCCCCAAGUCCAGAAUCUCAGCAAAAGGACAUCGAUGAGAAACUUACAGAUCAAAACUCACAUCAUAAACAGCAAGCACGGGAAUCAGCUGAAACUACGAGCAGCUCUCAGGAAGAAGACGACAGUGCACAAAGACGGUUUCUAGAUCUUAACAAGCUUGCUCCUGUAAUUGGUAUAGACGAUGGAUCUCGCCCUCUUUUGAAGGAUGAAGAUGUUGAUAACUUCCUACCAUCCAAAGCUCAAACAGUCCAUUCAUGAUGCAAUGUUCACAACAAAUACAUCAGGAUUGCCGAAAGGAAGACCCAGCAGCAUUUUUCGGUAUUUCCAAAGUCCAUGAAUGUGAGCAUCAUAUCAAGGAUUGCUGAAUGGAAGGGGCUGUAGGUCUUGCAUUUGUUUUCGAUAUUUGUAGUUGAUGAAUGUGGGUUUACAUACAGCCUUUCCAUUCCAUCUGGUUAAGCUUAUCAGGAAUGCCGGAAUGAAAGUUGUCGAUUCUGUUUUUAUUUUCGAUUUUUCAUAGCCGAUAAAUGCGGGUUUACCGUCUUCCAAUUCUGAUGAGGCAGACAGGAAAAUACAAAGAUGUAAAAUGUGAGGGAAAAAAAGUUUUCAUGACUUGAUCUUGUGGAGAAUAUACAGCAGUAGCUCUCAGUUCAUUGUUGAGAUUCAUUGUUGAGUGCAUUCUAGUCUCAAUUUCUCAUGGUAAUGAAAUCAAGGAGUUUGUGUUUUUGCUGGU